AUGGUCGCCGCUAAGAAGCAUGUUCCCAUCGUGAAGAAGCGCACCAAGCGCUUCGAGCGCCACCAGAGCGACCGCUUCAUGCGUGUCGACCCCUCUUGGCGCAAGCCCAAGGGUAUCGACAACCGCGUUCGCCGUCGGUUCCGUGGUACCGCGCCCAUGCCCUCGAUCGGCUAUGGCUCCAACAAGAAGACCAAGUACAUGAUGCCCUCCGGCCACAAGGCAUUCCUCGUCAACAACGUUUCCGACGUUGAGCUCCUCCUCAUGCACAACCGCACCUUCGCCGCUGAGAUCGCGCACGGCGUCUCCUCCAGGAAGCGCAUCGACAUCAUCUCCCGCGCCAAGCAACUCGGCGUCAAGGUCACCAACCCCAAGGCCAAGGUCACGACCGAGGUGUAA